AUGACUACAACAAUACAAACAACCAGCAGGGAUAUUAUUUUGUCGACACAACCUGAAGAUCUACGAAAACAACAAGAUCGAUUCAGUAACUCAUGUCAUUUCAGUGAACUAAAUCAAAGCCAUACCGUGGAUGAAAGUUUGCUAUGUCGCGACAAAACUUCAACAUUUGGGUUAGAAAUGCAUUGUGAUAGCCAUUCCGAUCCAAAUAUUUGCACUCCAGGGGUUAAAAAUGCCAAUUUCUUUGGCAGUACCGCCGAUGAAUCGGAUUUGCAGUCAGUACAAUAUCAUAGUCAAGCGUCGUAUACAAAUGAUGAAGAUUCGCUGUUACCCUCAUCAGCAUCGUCUAUUUAUUCGUCAUCAUUUUACUCAGAUAGUUUUAACAGCUUGUCAGGCCUUGUUACAUCACCAAAUACAUUACCAAUGCAUUCAUCACAAUUUCUAAUGCCACCAUCACCAGCGCCAUCGGAGCGCCGCCAUUCUAUCACAAGUACAUGGCCUCAAAGUGCUGGUCACCAUUUCCCUAUGGAUAAUACUCAAUUUAGUUAUCAAGGUACUCCUGUUUCAUCUCCUCCCUAUAAUGGCCAUAACAAUUAUGAACGAUUACACUUGGUAUCAGGGGACGCUUUCGACGAUCAAUUUGAAGAACUUAAGGAAUCCUUAAAAGAAUGGCUAGUUCUUCUUUGUGAUCUAAAAUUUGGUGAUCGACUUAAAACUGGUUAUAAAGGUUCCAUCUACAAAGGCCGAUGGCAUGGAGAAGUUAUGAUUCAUACAAGAGAGAAUUUAAAUAAGAAGGAAAUUUCUGAUUUAUGGCAAGAAGUAUCUAUUUUAAGUAUGAUUCGCCAUGACAAUAUCUCUUUAUUUAUGGGAGCUUGCUUCGAACCCCCAUUUUAUGCAAUUAUUACAAGCAUGCGUAAAGGACACUCAUUAUAUCAUCACACACAUCAUCGCCACGAUAAAUUAUCGAUGAAGACUAAAUUGCAAAUUGCGCGUCAGAUUGCACACGGAAUGGGUUAUUUACAUGCCAAAGGAAUCGUUCAUACCAAAUUGUGUUCUAGAAAUAUUUUUCUAGAAUCAAAAGUGAAAAUUUCAAUCACAGAUUAUAGCACUUAUAAUGGCACAUCUUAUCGUAGUGAAAACACCAGUAUUAUUCCACAUGGCCAUUUAACAUAUAUUAGUCCUGAAUUAAUGAGAACAAUGAUUGUUGAUCCACCGAAUUUCAACAUGUCCAUGCCCUAUACAUAUUAUUCCGAUAUGUAUGCUUUUGGAACUAUACUUUAUGAACUAGUCGCAUUUGAAUGGCCAUUUGCUGGCGAACCAGAGGAUGUUACUAUAUGGAAAAUUGGAAAUGGUUGUAAGCAGAGUUUGAAUCAUAUCAAUUGUCCACCAAAAUUAAAGAAAAUUAUCAACAUGUGUUGGUCGCAUAAUAUCGCUCAAAGACCACAGUUUGUAGAUAUGGCGAAAUCAUUACAAAACAACCCAAUUGAAGGCCUAAUCUUGGCAGAAACGAUUGAUUAUGUUGUAAACUAUUGCUAA